AGGUUACACUGGUUCUCAGCUUCAUCAUGUUCCUCAUCAUCCUCAACGACCUACUGCCUGGAGGAGGCCAGUGCAGCCCCAUCAUCCGAAAGCACUUCUGUUUCUGUUUGGUCAUCCUGGUGUUGAGCACGRUGCAGUCUAUGGUGCUCACACGUCUGGCUAAGUGUGGCACUCUCRGGCCCUGCAGCCUCUCCAAGUCCAAAGACUCGCUGCUUAAAGACACAGACAAUGAAGAGGAAUCCAUGUCUGAUAUUAAAGCCUCAGAGGGAGAGAAGAAUACACCCCUCCAGGUGGMGAAGUUUCUCAACAAAAUGGCUGCACAAGACCAGAAAAAAGCAAGACGCCAUCGCUUUGCCAACAAAGUGGACUUGAUCUGUUUCUGUAUCUAUCUCACCGUCCUCAUUGUUUACACAGUCGUCAUUUUAUAUUUCUCCUUUGGUUCUCAAUGUGUGAUCGACCAAUUAGAUUUCUGGUCAUAAAUUCUCUAUUUGCUUUU